AUGGUACGCCCCGAGGCGGGGAGGGGCGUGGUGUGGCAUUCGGCGGAAUCCGUAGUCGAACGUCGCCUUUGCGCACCGUUGCGGCGUCGAGAUAAUCGCUCCAGCAAAUCACCUCGCAUCGGCGACGAUAAGGAGCAGAGCGAAAGCGAGUUCACGGCGCGCCCAUGCACCAUCGCUGAGACCAAACUUUACAACGACGAGCCUCUCUCACCGCUUCGCCUCGAAAUGAACCACCAUCAGCCGGUUGUCGUCAAUUCAUUGCUCUGCUUUAUCCAUAAUUUUCGCGGCAAUCCACAGGUGCGUAAUCUAGUCGCCGAGUAUUUCCCGAAGACGGCGAUUGCUGAGGCGAAGAACAUUUUGUGUUCAAAAGUAGCUGAUGAGACGACGUCAUCAGUACCAGAAGACGUGUUCGACCUGUACGAUCUGUUAGUGACCAGAGAAGAACAAAUGCAAUUCGCUGCUACUGAUCUCACCAUUUUACCGUUGGCGUUACUCUCGAAAGACGAGGAUAAAAACGAAAUCAUGCGCGAAUUGAAGACCUUACGUACAUUUAUAUCUGAUGCUCUUGAUGGUCGUAUCGAGGAUACUCCUCAACCAAGGGAGACACCUACGCCAACGGUGCGAUGCAAACUGAACACGUCUGCUUCAUCACCAGAGUUCCCUGUUGUUCAUAUUCCGGCAACAGUUCCAUGUGAAAGCCCGAAACCAUUGUUGUCUUCAUCACCGGUGAACAACAACGUCUCCCAACAAUCCCUACAGAUGACAUUAGCCCAACGACAGGCAACAGUCGCCAGUCCAGCGCACAGUCAUCAAUCUGCGGCAGUAGAGGUGGUCGAAUCAAUUAAUGCAAAACGAAAAGCUGGCCGAAGUCUGGAUGCUACUGUGCGGAAGUUGAGUGAAAAACGAAAAGCUGAACUCGAAGAGCCGCCACCACCACCAGCGCCGACGACGACCGUUACACCAUCGUAUCAACCGCCAACACUUGAUCCACAAGCGUAUCUGAAUAUGAUACGAAUGAUGCAAACACCUCAAACGUCCAUUUUCAAUAGCGUCAUCAAUCAAAUGUGGGUUCUUCACAAAACGGAACAUACUCAAGCUUUUCUUGUCACUUGUCGUUUUCCGACUUUUUCUGGUUACGCAUUGAUCUUAUCGCUGUUUUUCUACUUGAGUUGCUUUUUAAACGCUCGUCUGCCACCACUUGACAUCUUAAUUUGUACCUCUUGA